AUGCUCCGUCGACUAAUAUGCGCUCUACUUCAGGGUUCUGCCGACGACAAUGAUUCCUUCAAGAAACCCCGUCGCUCCGAACGUCUCUCCUCCCAGCGCAUCGACGACAGCGCCGAACCCAAGCAGAAGACCCCCGUCAACACCACCAAGCAACUGCCCUCUCCAGUCACCCACGACACCGAUGACUACCCACAAGAUGCCAAAGAGCCCACAGCUACCCCUCCAGCAGGCCGCCCCAGCCAGCUGUCGCAAAUUAGCCCUCGCCCAGAGACCCAAUACUCCCAGUCGCAAGUAUUGAACGACACACAAGCCUUCAGCCAGUUACCCGAUAUCGAUAGGCCAUUGUCGGAUGACGUCGAGGAUGAAGUCAAGGAGGGAGUCUGGGGCUACCUGUUCCCCUUGGACCCUAGGCACGGUGGUCGUUGUGUCGUUCUGAGGAGGAGGGCCGCUUGCCCCCUUCCACAUACGGUGUCACAGGCGGUUGGCUCUAAGAGAGGUAAACGCGGCCAGAAGGCGCUGAUCAAGGAGGAGCACGAGUUGGACAAGACCAAGGUCAAGGGGCUUCCAUCAGGUGGCUAUCUGAUCGGACGACACCCAGAAUGCGGUUGGUUCACCUGUACAAUCCCCGGUGUACUUCACCAUACUAACGGAACAUUAGACAUCCAAAUAGAGGACCCCAUCGUUUCGAACCGACACUGCAUUAUCUUCACGGAGAACAAGGGUAACGAUACCGUUGCCGUAUUGGAGGAUCUUUCGAGUAACGGAACAUUCGUCAACGAGGCAAUAGUGGGUCGCAACCGACAGAGAGAGCUCCAAGAGCUAGAUGAGAUCGCCGUUCUCGACAAAGCGCGCUUCAUCUUCCGAUACCCCAAGAGUCGACACACCAGCGCAUUCAGGCAGCAGUACACCAUGCUUCAGAAGUUGGGCAAGGGUCACUUCGCCGAGGUCUACUUGUGUGUGGAGAAGUCGACUGGUAGCCAGUAUGCCGUCAAGGUGUUCUCCAAGACCCCUGGCCGCGAGGAGAGAUCCAAGAAUGAAGGUCUUCAGCAAGAAAUCGCCGUGCUGAUGGGGGUUAGUCACCCCAACGUCUUGUGUCUCAAAGAUACCUUCAAUGAGCCCAACGCCGUUUACCUAGUUCUUGAGCUGGCGCCAGGAGGUGAGUUGUUCAACUACAUCGUGAAGAAGACCAAGCUUUCCGAGAACGAGUGCCGCAAGUUGUUUACCCAGCUAUUCCAGGGUAUCAAGUACUUGCAUGACCGCAACAUUGUCCACCGUGACAUCAAACCCGAGAACAUUCUGCUAGUCGAUGAUGACCUGCAUGUCAAGCUGGCUGAUUUCGGUCUUGCCAAGAUCAUUGGCGAGGAGUCCUUCACCACUACCCUAUGUGGCACACCCAGUUAUGUGGCACCAGAAAUCCUCACCGACACUCGCCAUCGCAAAUACACCAAGGCCGUCGAUGUUUGGUCUCUCGGUGUAGUCUUGUACAUCUGCUUGUGCGGCUUCCCACCAUUCUCGGAUGAACUCACCUCCCCCGACUUCCCCUAUUCUCUUUCGGAUCAGAUCAGGCAAGGCAAAUUUGACUACCCAUCGCCUUACUGGGACCCUGUGGAUGACCUAGCUCUUGACCUGAUUGACUCCAUGCUCGUCGUCGACCCCGAGAAGCGCUUCACCGUUGACGAAUGCCUUUCUCAUCCCUGGAUGACCGAAAAGAAGCCUGGCGUCAACGAUAGUACCAACGGCCUCGUUAACGGCAUCGCCGGCCUCGAUGUCACCAGGCGCGGCGUUCUCCGCGAGCGCACCCUCCUCAGCUCGAUCAACACAGUCCAGAUCGCCGACAAGAUCCCACUUGGCGAUAACAAGCCCGAGCUGAAGAUCUACAAGAAAAAUCCCACGGUAGCGGCCGAUGGGCCCAGCCAGCACGAAUUUGUCGGAGCACAAGCUGGACCCUCCCGUCAAAAGGAGGCCAGGCCUGAUGAUAACAGAGACCCGAAUGAGUUCAUGAACAUGGGUGGUAAGGGUGAUGAGGUCCUCUUUGCGGAGGACCCGAAGAGUAAUUACCCUACCGCCAGGGAGGACGCGAAGGAUAUCGUCGAGGCGGCGAAGACGAAUGACAAGGGUAAGGGUAAGGGUAAGAAGAAAUAA